AUGGCUGGCCAAAUCCAUCGUGUAACACUGUUCAAAAUACCCAAUCACGAGGAUCAGGAACGCCUCUUGGACUUUUACAAGCACAUGCAAAGCAGGGCAGUCAAGCAUGGCAAGCCGUACAUCAUUUCGGUGACCGCGGGAGAGGCAAAACCCGACCAGCGCGCGCAGGGUUUCACCUUUGCGGCCAUUUCAGUCUUCAGCUCCGUCGACGACAUGGUGUACUAUGACAACGAGUGUGCUGCACAUGCCGAGCUCAAGGCGUUUGCGAAGACGGUACACCAAGGAGCCAUGAUGGUAUAUUUUGAGAACGGAGCAAAGUAG